AUGUUACACUGCGGCGAUUUGACUCAAGACGGGACCCCGGAAAGUAUCUCUUCGGCCCUCGAAGCCUUGGGCAAAAUCAAAGCCAAGUUGAAGCUAGUAAUUGCAGGCAACCAUGAGAUUUCGCUAGAUAAGCCAUAUUGGCUCUCCCAAGGCGGCACAGAAGCCGAUGCAAGUAAAAACGGUGUCAUCUUUCUUCCAGAGGGUACCCACACCUUUGACCUUCCAUGCGGCGCCACUUUUAGCAUUUACGCCUCGCCUUACACGCCUUCGUAUGGCGCAUCCGCCUUCCAGUACCUGUCUGGGGAGGAUCGUUUCAAUCCUCCAGGUGUGACUGCUACGUGGGCGAAGAAUGUCAGUACCCAGACUUCGAUCAUUCCCAGUGGGGUAGACAUUGUCAUGACCCAUGGACCAUCGAAGUAUAUUCUGGAUAGAGCUGGGGACGUGAGUGCGGGCUGUGAGCAUCUGAGACGUGCCGUUGCUAGAGCGCAUCCGAGAUUGCACUGUUUUGGACACAUCCACUCUCAACGCUGCGGCUUCUAUGAGGCAUACAGAGUAGAAUUCAAUGACCAGAAAGAACUUGGUGUAGAAGCUGGAUCAACAAGUCCAAUUUUGAAAGACUGGGUGGGAGAAAACCAAGCCCUUAGGAGAGGAUUCAGAAGCCUGGCGCCAAAUGCUGCUGAGGGUUUUCGUAACAAUAAACAGCAGACGCUCUGCAUAAACGCCGCAAUGGAGGGUGAAGAAGGAGUGCUCGAGCAUCCGCCGUGGCUCGUUAAGCUACAUCUUCCUGUCAAACAAGAAACAUGA